AUGCUACUCCUCCUACAAGCUUCAAAAGUAACAGUAGAGGCCCCUCCAGGAAAGGUGGCGGGAUACGUAUCUCAGGCCUGGAGCUUGUGUAAACCUCGUAUGAGGAUUGAGAAUGCUGAAGGUGAGACCAUGCUGAGGAUCAAAGGACCCUGUUGUCAGCUCAACAUCUGUGGAGACAUCGAGUUUGAUGUUUAUGCCCCGGAUGAGGAGACGUAUGUAGGUCGUGUCACUAAGCAGUGGUCUGGACUGGGUAAGGAGCUGUUCACUGAUGCUGACAACUUUGGAAUCUCCUUCCCUCUGGAUCUGGAUGUCAAUGUCAAGGCCACCCUCCUGGGAGCCGUCUUCCUUUUGGAUUUCAUGUUCUUUGAAAACAACACAAAGAAAGACGACAAAAUGGUAGGUUGAUGCAUGUUUAAUAAAUACAUGUAACUGACUCUAUA